GGAAAAUAUACGCAUCAUAAUCCCUUAUCUCUAUAGAGAGAGAGAGAGAUCUGACACUUGCAAUAGUCACACCUUGAGUUCCAGGGUCUCUUUCUUUUCCAUGGCUUUCUCUGCAACUCUCUCACAAAACUCUUUCUCAUGCCUCUCUCACUUCCCUCAAACCUUCAGAAGAAACCCCCUUCGCUUGGCAUCCAUUCGAGCCGUCAAAUCCGCUGAGCCGGAGAAGGAAAACACCACUCAGACGCAGACAAAGAGCGAAGAGUCUUCUUCCAAUGCUCAACCAUCGACCCCAGCUCCUAAGCUCCCCAAAAGGCCUGUCUAUUCGAUGAAGAAAGGUCAGAUUGUGAGGGUGGACAAGGAGAAGUAUCUCAAUAGUAUUAAUUAUCUAUCUGUUGGUCAUCCACCUUAUUACAAAGGCUUGGACUACAUUUAUGAAGACCGUGGUGAGGUAAAGUCAGGCUCAGAGGCUGCUCUAAUUUCAAAGUCUUGGAUUUACGUAAUUUUGAGACGGGAGAGUAUGCACUUGUUGCAUGGGUUGGGAUUCCAACUGCACCAGCUUGGCUACCAACAGACAUGCUUAUCAAGUCAGAUAAACUGGAUUACGAGAGAAUGUGAUCCAGAUACCAAAAGCACAAACCAAUCAUGGUUGCCAUUGCUUGCUGUGUGAAAGUGUACCCUUCAGUCUCUGGUUUUGCUCACCAUCAGCAACUUCUUCUGUAUAUCUUUGUCAACAUCAAUUACAUGAUUUACAUCGGUGUUAGGCAAGAAAGAAGACGAUAAUUGAGAUAUUUUUGUUUCUUAUUCUAAGAUUAAAAUAAAUAAAUAAAUAAAUAUCAAA